AGCAUCUUCUCACCACCUUAUCUCCUCCCAAUCUCAACCCCGCAAAAAGCUCCCCUUUUAACAUACCUGGCAUUGACUGUGUCAGCAAUGACUGCGAAUCACAACGCUCGAAUGAAGGCCCACAUUGAUUGGGUCUCUUUUGUAGGACCUGCCGAGCCGGGUUUCUUUUCCAAGGUCAACGACGCAGAAGGACGAUUGCUCACAAGCGAAUCAAAGACAGCAACAUACUAGAAGAUGUGCCGAUUGAAUGCAAGACACCAGGAGCUACGAUGUCCAUUGUGUUGUUUCUCAAUUUUUCCCUCAGAAAUUACAAAUAUACUGAGCUUUAUGGCUUUGCACAAAUCAUGGAACGAUUUCCCGAGUCUGUUGCAGCAGAGCAGCGCAGAGCUGAUGUUGACAGAAGUCUCUACGAUGAGAAGAACAAGAUACCAGAAUUUUACAUCGUUAUCUACGACACUCUAUGCCAUCCUUAUAUCAGAGACGAACAGUACAAGUUCAGUAUUCUGGGCAGGUUCAGGAAGAAGGCCACUGCUCUCGAAGAAAAGAACGAGCUCACUUCCAUUAGGAACUCAACUACGACCGAAGCAAAGUCGCAGUCGUGCACUGUACCAAACGACUUCGAAGCUCGACCUGAAAUGAUGAAGAAGGAACGCCUUGGCACCACGGCUCGAUCCGUUACAGCCAUCAGGGAUUACGAACACAACUGCCAUGAUAUUCAAGGCUUGCCUAUUGUUCAAUCUUGACACAACCUAAAAGCGGUCACAAGAGGAAGAGCGUCAAGGUAUCAAGCCAAAAGAGAGCGACACAGCCCAUCAAGACAGCUACCAAGCCUCCGGCGAUGAUGAUCACGACGAUGGUGUAUACACAGUGUUACCGAAGCCUAAAAUAAAGUGGCAAAAUUUUGGAAGAAGACGGUAACUAAGUUGUUUUCAGACCUCAUGGGAGCAUCAUCCUUGGAACGCUGGGCAUACUUGAUCGGGGUUAUUGAGAG